AUGCCUGGUUGUUCUUCGAUGUCGGGAGAAAUGUCGCCAAGAGAGCUGAUUUCUGACGUACCACUUCCCAAUUGGGAGCUUAUUGAUGAGGUGUCCAUUGCUCUGUUGGAAAGCGGUUUAGCUCGUUUUUCGACACUUCAAGCAGUUUUGCCUACAAUGCUUUCAUUCGACGCCACCUCAGAUGAAGCUUCUCAGCGGAGUCGAAAGCUUCUUCGUAUUUCUCAACUUCAAAUCGAAUAUUUGUUGAAAUCCCAAAAUCAGCUGGUGCAGCAAAUUCAGAAAAUGAAGAGCGAGUUGAUUUCUAAGAGGAAAGAAGUGAAACGUCUGAAAGCGGCCGUUUUUAAUGAGGAUGCUCCUCUUUUCAAGUGUGCUUCCUGUGGCAAAGUCUUCGUGAAUCAAGAAUUUCUGGCGAGCCAUUUGAAGAGACGGCACAACGACGAAAAAACGGAGACGAUGAAAUGA